AUGAGCAAAAUCAGUCGAAUAGAGCAGAAGUACCGCUUCGGUUGGCAAGUGCUCGUUCGUCUCAUCUCACUCGUGCCUUUGCUGUUCGCUCGACCACGGUUCACCGUCGCGUUCACCGUCCUCACACUUGCGUGUGCAAUCGGAAAUGAAGUGGUGGCUCAGAAAUCUGGUACCGUAACCGGGCGAUUUUACAAGGAUUUGCUCCGUCGAGAUGAGAAGGCGUUCUGGGAUACAUUCGCCUUGGCCACAGCAAUUUUCGCUGGACAGUGCCUGUUACUCGGUUGUAUCGCAUUCUUCUCGUGGUGCCUGUAUCUCUGCUUUCGCAAGAACCUUGUCACAUCUCUUCAUGAUCUCUAUUUCAAUCACAAUGUUUACUAUACGAUAAAUAGCAUCGAAGACCAAGGAAUCGAUAACCCGUGA